AGCUUUCAGUCAAGUUAAAACACAUCUUCACUUCCAUUUAUUGCCUUGACUGUCCCACCUCAUGCAUCCUCUAUAUAUACACUUGAGAUGAUAUUAUGGACCAGAACUUCUGUAUCAGAUUAUGCAUCUUAUGUGCAUCUCAGUCGUCAGUGAUGGCUUUCAACAUUGACCCUGUUUCCUGGAAAACCUUCACUGCACCUUCACCUUCACAGAGCCAAAAUGUUGCCUUUGGCUAUAAGGUGAUACAGAAAGACGCAUCAAGUCUACUUGUGAGUGAUCCUUUAAUACAACACCAUCAAACUCAAAGAGGACAAAUAUAUCGUUGUGCUGUCACUGAAGGAAACUGCACUCCACUGUCCAUUACCGUCACCAAUGAGGCUGUCAACAUGUCCCUUGGACUUUCAAUGUCUCUAGAUCCUCAGUCUUCAACAGCAGUGGUUUGUGGUCCAACCAUUCCUAAGACCUGUGAUGUAACAACCACUUACAAUGGCAUGUGCUUUAAAAUCAGUCCAGAUAAUGUUGUGAGCAGAUCUGUGCCAGAGACUCUGAGAGAAUGCCCACCAUCACAAAUUGAUAUUGCUUUUUUAAUGGAUGGAUCUGGAAGUGUAAAUUCUCUGAAUUUUAUUAAGAUGAAAGCAUUUGUUAUAGAAAUGAUCAAAAGUUUUGUAGACCGUGAUACACAGUUUGCCAUUGCACAGUUUUCUACAGAAUGUGUCAUUCAUUACAAGUUUCAAGUCCAAAACGCCAUGGCAUGGGAAGAUGCAGUGAAUGGGAUAUCUAAACAGAGAGGAAGGACUUCCACCGCAAAAGCUAUAAGACAUCUUGUGGAUAAACUAUUCGUGAGUAGUGGAGGUGUAAGACCAUCAGCCAGUAAAAUUUUGGUUGUUAUCACAGAUGGUAAAUCAACUGAUUCAAAGUUGUUGACUGAAGCUGUUCAACACGCACAAGCUAAACAUAUAACACGAUAUGCUAUUGGGGUUGGCAAUGCUUUUACUAAUGACAAAGCAACAAAAGAGCUGGCAAUUAUUGCAUCUUUACCCACCAAUAGGCAUGUGUUCAAAGUAACCAAUUUUGACGCUCUGGAAAGUAUUCGUGAAAAACUCAAAGAGAACAUUAUAGCCAUUGAAGGAACCCAGACCUCUGGAGAUUCAUCUCGAAUGGAGUUUGCACAGGACGGGUUUAGUGCAGCAUUUACAUCAAAUACAGAUAUGAUAAUGACCGCAGUGGGAGCUUUCCAGUGGAAGGGUGGAUAUCAGCUGUACAAAACAAAUGAUAUUUCAGAUCAGUCUUUCAAGCCUAAUUCAGUCUUUCAAGCUGGAAGUGAGCAUGACAGUUAUUUAGGUUAUUCCUUGACAAUAGCAACAAUGUCCAGAGCAAAGUAUGCAGUCAUGGGAGCACCAAGACACAAGCAUAAGGGACAAGUAACUGUUUCAAGAAUUGAUCGAAGUGAUUUAAAGCAACUGGAUCCUCCUAAGCCUCAGAUUGGCUCAUAUUUCGGAGCUGAGGUGUGUGUGGUGGAUUUGAACAGUGACUCCUAUACAGACCUACUUUUGGUAUCGGCACCAACGUACACAGAGUCUGACCGAGAGGGCUUAGUGUUUGUUUACAUCAUCACGCGUCAGGCAAAAUUCAUUUUUUCGGAUACACUGGUGGGCAUGGCAGGUCAGAGGGGUCGGUUUGGCUCUUCUCUGGCCAGUCCAGCAGAUCUGAAUGGUGAUGGUUUCAUGGAUGUGCUGGUUGGGGCUCCUUUAGAGGAGGAUGGACAGGGCAGCAUCUACAUCUUCAAUGGCGGAAUAGAUAAAAUAAAUCCCAAAUACUCACAGAGGAUUGCUGGAUCAUCUGUGCGACCAGGUUUGCGGUUCUUUGGGAUUUCAUUGAGUCAGUCUUCUCUAGACCAGACUCGAGACAGCCUUUCUGACAUUGCUGUUGGGUCCAAGGGAGCAGUUCUGCUUCUCAGGUCCAGACCCAUCAUGCUCUUGGAAACCAAAGUAACUUACAACCCAACCAAAAUACCAACCGUUGACCAAACCGACUGCACAAAGCCACUGCAAAACGACCUGACUGUGUGCUUCAUCAUGAGCGGAUACAAACAUCGCAUACCAGGUUUGGCUUCAAAUAUCAGUUACACCAUAAUGCUGGAUUCCAAGCGACAUAAAUAUCGUGCAUACUUCCCAGACAAAAAAACGCUCCUCAGUGAUGUGAUGAACGUUGAGUUAAAGGAAGUAUGCAAACCUCAUCCUUUUUUUAUUGAGGCUUGUUCAGAAGAUGCUCUGAAUCCGUUGGCCAAUCAGAUAACAUUCACAUUUGAGGGUCUUCCAUCAGGAAGUAUGGGAAAUUUGAGACCAGUACUGCUGCCAGAGACAAAGAUCACCACAGACCACAAUCUGGAUUUUGAGAUAGAUUGUGGAACUGAUAAUGUAUGUGUCGAUGACCUUAGAAUGGAUUUCAAUUUCUCUGGAUCUACGAACAUAGAGGUUGGAAUAAUGCAGGAGCUCAACGUGACCGUGUUUGUAGAGAACAGAGGAGAAAACUCAUACAACACUCUCUUCACCCUCAGCUACCCCUUUGGACUUUCCUACAGGAGAUUCACAUCUAAACAGGGCAGAGUGGAGUGUGUGUCUCUGGAUGCUGAGCGAGGAGUUACACUGGGAGAAACCUCCUGCCAGAUCAGUAAACCCAUCCUCAAGGGAAACACUCAGGUUGUGUUUGAUAUUACAUACAGUAUUAAUAAAGAAAGUACACUGGGCCAAAAUGUGAGGUUUACUGCUGCAGUCACGAGUGGGAAUGACAAACACUCAAGCGACAGUGAGUUUAACAAACAGAAAACCAUUGAUGUCAAAUAUGCCAUCUAUAUUGCCUUGAUAAGGCAUGAAAAUUCCACCAUCCACAUUAAUUUUACUUCAGGGAAAAGGGAUCUUAUGAAACCGGUCCAGCAGAUAUUAAAGGUUCAGAAUGACCUCAGAGAAUUAGCUUUCAAAGUUUUCAUCAGAGUACCAGUGAAAUUUGGUGAUACUGACAUCUGGACUAAUUCAAAUUUGCAAAUACCUGGCUGUAACAGUGAGAACAUGACGAAGCCUGUUAUCACCAAUUUUGCAUUGUUGGAAGUUAUUAAAAAUUAUCGUCUGGUGAACUGCUCUGUGGCGGUGUGUGCCGUGUUCAGCUGUGACAUCACUCUCAUAAAGAAUGAAAGGAAACUGUAUAAUAUAUUUGGCAAUGUGAGCUCUGGAUGGAUUGAGCAGACUGGACUCAAGGCUGCUGUUUUUGAGUUGGUCAGUUCAGCGUCUCUGGAUUAUGACAAGAGCAAAUACAUUUUCUUUUCCUCUGAUUCUCAACACACUGCACCGUCUGUCCAGAUUAACACUCAAGUGGAGGUGUUUGAGGAGGUGAACCUGACCAAAGAGACCACUGGAGGAGUAAUAGGAGGACUGUUGCUACUGGCUCUCAUCACAGCGGCUCUCUAUAAAGCUGGGUUCUUCAAAAGCCAGUACAAGCAGUUGCUGCAGGAGGCGCAGGGCGAUGCAGGAGGACAGCCAAACAUGGCACAAUAAUGUGCACUCAAACAGUUGGAAGAUACAAGCACUGAUUGUGUAAUUUGUGUUUUGUGGGCUUGGGAAUGAAACGUGAAUUUAACACCCCCUCUAGCAAAAUAUUCCGGCCUGAUUUAGGACAUUUUAUGAGAAAUGAAAAGUGGACAAAUUUUCAUCGUAAUAUAUUUGAUAUUAAUUCAUAUAUAAUUUUACUUUAUAUCACUAAUAAUCAUUAUCUUAUCUAACCAUGAGCUUAACAAUUACAGUAUAAAGCAUUUCAAAUAUUUAACU